AUGCCCUUGGCCAAUUACCCGCCAGCGUCUCAUUCAGUCGCAGUACAGACACACCAUCGACGGCAGAGACCGACUACUAGCUACGUGUGCGAAAUACCUGUAGAGACAAGUACUGGCUGGUCGCAGUGUUCUAAGCAGUUUCGGAAGGAGAAUCGCUAUCUACGACACUUUGGGUCACACCUGGUGCCAAGUAGCAAUAGUCUCUACCUGCCAUGGCUUGUGCUUGACAACGACGAAAUUCAGGAAAUGGGUGAUGCAGACAUUGUGGCGUUUGUGAAGAGCCUUCGGUCGGACAUGUUGAGCGCAAAGCAAUGGAAUAAAUUUAUUACUGCCGUUCAGAAAGCGAAGCCUACCGAGGAGGCUACUAAGAUUAUCGUGACGGUGUUUAGACACUGCGUUAGUAAAGACGAGAACACCCGUAAGAAG